UUUUCUCCUUCAGCUUCUAAAUCUCUUCAACCCAAUCAACUCUCUCCCUCUCUCUCUUUCUGUCCAUACAUAUAUAUAUAUAUAUAUAUAUACACACACACACACACAGACACUCAUGCACAUACCCAUAUACACUUUUAAGAAAAUACAUACACCAAUGAUCGACCAGAUUCUUUAUUAAUUAUUAAUUAAUCUUUUUCACUGCAAAUACAAAUAUAUCGAUUGAGAAAUCAUGGCGCACACGAAAGAGUUCAUGGGGGCUCCCUUUAGAAGGUCUGGCAAAUCAAAGAAGCAAUGUGCCAAUAACUUGAACUGUAAGUUGAAUGUAAACGAAGAAUACAUGGGAGUUUUCAGGACGAAAUCAUACGUAGAGAUGUGGAGCAAAGCUCAAGGAGAGUUGGGAGAAACAAAUCUUGAUAAGCUCUCUACCUCCUCCUCAUCACCUUCCUUUCCUCUUCAAACACAUCUCACAGAAUGCUUGCUUGAACCACGCCAAGAAACUCUACUACAAAUGAUGGAAAGCUUGAAUUUCCAUCACCUCAUCAUCAAUUUCUUCGAAGCUAGCCUAGAGGCCUGCAACAUGUGCGAAUUACUCCUCCGAGGCAUCCAUCAAGCACGGGCGAAUUACCAAAUAAUCAAGAGGGUACUCAACACGAGCAAGCAAUUCAACAAUUUUGUUAGAGACUACCCAGAUGAGCUAUACUCCGAGAUAUACCAAGAGCUUGCUAGAUUUGCAUUGUGCAAAAAUCCACUAUCCAUUAUCAGUCCAGCGCAAUACCGUAAGGUCCAUGAUGGGAACAUGGUGUUGCUCCACAGAUUAACAUCCAAGCACAAGAAGAUUAGAAGAAGAGCCAAGUAUAGAUUCUGCAAGAAGGUCGGCGGUUAUAGUCUAGUGAUUUCACACAGUGCCCUUGUUAUUGGCUUGCUAGUUAUUUCACUCCACAGCAUAGUUGGUCUUCUCGCAGCACCUGGGCUGCUUGGUUUCCUAUUGUGUCUAUUCAAGAAGAAAACCAAGACAGAGCCACAAGUAAGAAGCAGGCUUGAAACUCUUGGCGCACAGCUUGAUAUCGCAGCCAAAGGAAUUUUCAUUCUGAUCAAUGAUUUUGACACCGUGAGCAGGCUGGUGAGGAGGCUGCGGGAUGAGCUAGAUCACCACAAAGCUGUUUCUAAUAUGUGUGUUAGGAGUGGAAAUCACGAGGUAUUAAGGGAGGUUGUGCAAGAGUUUAGGAUGCACGAAUCUAGGUUCAUUGAUCAAUUAGAAGAGCUAGAGGAGCAUCUAUACUUGAGUUUUCACACCAUAAACAGAUCCAGGAGGCUUGUUUUGGACGAGAUGAUGGGGUUCCAGAUAUGACAUGUAUAAAUCAGUCUAUUUAUAUGA